AGACAGACAGACAGAUGUGAAUCAAAGGGUCCAGCCGCCCAUGCACACCAGUCCAUCCAAGCAGCACAAUGUCAUAAGUCGGUCUGUCGACAUGUGUGUGAGGCCAUAUAUGUCUGCCGCUGCUGUUGUGGCACUGGCUGCUCCUCACUCACUCAGCCCGACUUCACCUGAAGAGCACGGACAUCCAUGAAUUCAUCCGUGCCGGUCGUCUCUCUGCCUUUCCCCCACCUACUCGCGUGAUAGAUGGCGAUCUCCUUCGCGAUAAACUGCCAUUUGCCCGCCAGUGUGCCGUUGCCAUUGGUGCUGAACCGGCCGAGGUAGCCGGCCGGCAGGUCCUCCUUCUUGACCCACUGACACAUGCUGCGCAUGUCAUCUGACGGGCCCGGGGUGCCAUCGCAAAGCCACAGGUACCCGUCACCCAAGUACAACUGCACACGGUAAUGUAACAGCCGUGUCCUUUCUGUUCGUGCUGCUUUGUUCUUCCCUUUGCCCCUCCGCCCACCUUGCCGCGUGAGUCCGUGUUGUUGGCCUUGACGGAGGCGUCGCGGCCGGCGACAUGCACCUUCUGUUCGGCCUCGGGGAUGGGCACCUUGGUGACUUUGGCAUAGGCUCCGCUGAUCGAAAUGAGGAAGUGGGGCGUGGAGUAUCGACUGGUCUGUGUGGGGUCGGCGGGCGGCUUGAGUUGACCGUACACAAAGGCUCCGAAUCGGUGUGUAUCGUUGUGGUUGAUGAGGAACAGCAGACUGCUCGCGUCGCCCACCUUGUCCACCAUCGUGCCGAAGUCACCACCGUCACGCGUCGAACUGACAGAGAGCAAAGAGAACGGGGUGGGAGUGACACUGCGAGAGAUCAUAUGGCUGUCUCUGUUUACCUGUAGAGGAGUUUGACCGAGGGGCUGGGUAUCUUGGUCAUGGCCAGCACCUCCUGCGUCUCCUCGAAGGUGAGCAGUUGGGCCGGGGGCCGAUAGACGUCCUCCAUCGUGAGGCCAUACAUUUCAACAUCCUUCUGCACACACACACACACACACAGGUUGAGUGCUCAUGGCCGCCUUGAUGAAGUCAUGUGUGAACGGAUCAGCCAUACCUUCAGCUGAGCGACAUACUUGGGCUUGGCUGUGGGCUUCUUGACCACGGCACCGGGCCGCUUCUCGAGUCGAAGGCGGCGAGCAAAGUCCACCACCUGAAUGGCCGCCAGAAGGACUUGCAGUGUGCCUUCCUCUCUCUCUCUCUCUCUCUCCUCUCGUGUGUGCGUAUGUUGUGUGUCACCUUCGUGAAGUUCUCAGUGGAUGUCUGCCGGACCGGUACGUCACCCUGUACGAUGUCACCACUGCACACACACCACACACAUCACACACACACAAGAGAGGAAAGAAUACAAUGCGUCCAUACAACGGCAGUGUAUGUGUGUGUUGUAGGUGCCUUCCCAACUGAAUCGCUUGUAGAGGAGGUUGUUGUGGCCGAACUGCGAUAGCGUCGCCUCGGUGGUCGACACUGCCUGGCCCAGGACGGUCGUGGUCAUGACGGUGUGGUCGCUGCAGUCCUCUGCUCGGAGGAAGGGCCGUACCGCCUGCCCGAACCCGUCCAAAUGCACUACCGCUUUCUCCAAUACCGUCACCGCGUCAUUGUAGCUAUCCACGUACUCACGCAGCCGACUGCCGGCAGUCCCAUCCCCAUUGCCAUCACCUGCCCCCUCUCGAUCGCCAUCCCGAUUGCGGCCCUCCUUGUUGCCCUCCGCUGCCUCUCUGUCGUCCAUGUCGACGUCCUCUGAUCGCACGUCGAUCUCGAGCGAUGUCGGGGUGAGGAACAGCUCGUGGUGGAAGGCGAACGAAGGGUCCUCCUUCUGUGUGUCGUCCAACUCGAUCUCGUGCUCCUCGCCCUGGGCGUCAGCACCCUCAACCAACGCUAUCUCGUCAGACAACCUGACGAGUGCAAAGGAGAGGAAACAAAGCGCAUUGAACACUACCCAAUCAGACCUGCUUCCCCCCUCCACCCACCACUUGACAUAGUUGAAGUCAGCGUCGACGAAGGGCCGGCCCUCCUUAUCGCGGGGCAGUUCGUCCACACAGUACAGCAGCAGAUGGGCGAAGUAGGUGUGGCGGAGCUGAUCCAGCAUCAGCCCCUUGCGCGACACGCCCACCACCCGCCCGCCCACAUUGACCUCCACCUCCCCCUCGAUGCCGCCCGUCAGCUCCAGCUUGCCUCCCGUGCUCUCAAUCAGCCCUUUGAUGGCCUCGGCUUUGGUCUGCAGCUGCUGGCGGGCAGUCCGAGCGGCAUUCUCGAUGGCGAGGAGGGCGGCGUUGGCUGCGGCGAUGGCUUUGUCGAGUGACUGACGGCCGAUCUGAGGCGUGGGAGGGUGGACCAGGUGGUCAUCAGCUGGUUGGCCUGCCGCGUCAACAGCAUCACCGUUAAUCGCCUUCCGCUUCUUCGAACCACCUGUUGUUGCUGCCGCAGCGGCGGCUGCCGACAUGGCCAGCUCCGGGAUGAAUCAAA